CAAAGUCUUUUAGUCUGCAAAGUCUCUUAGUUAAGGACGAAGGAGGCGUAACAGUAAGGGCGGUUAAGUCAAAGGCAGUGCCUUGAAACAAAACAAGAGAAAAGCUGCUUCAUUUCUUACGUUCCAGUUUCCUCUCGCUCUCGAUUAACAAGAUAAGUUGAUGGCGGAAAGGAAGCAAUCGAGUUAUGUGAAGCUGGGAAAAGAUCAUGCGCCUCUCGUUGAUAUCACUCCUGGCGAGCUCAAUCAGCCAAUUGAGGUUCCUCAGUUGGCUGUUCGCAAGUGCCCUGAAUGUAGGCAGCCACUACCCGAAAGCUAUUCGCCUCCGGCAGAUGAACCUUGGACGACUGGGAUCUUUGGAUGCACUGAAGAUAGGGAAAGUUGCUUGACAGGGCUGUUUUGUCCUUGUGUGUUAUUUGGGCGCAAUGUAGAAAGCUUGAGGGAAGACACGCCUUGGACUGGGCCAUGCUUGUGUCAUGCCAUUUUUGUUGAAGGUGGCAUUUCUUUGGCCAUAGCAACUUUAGCUGCAAAUUCCCUCGUUCCUGGUAUUGAUCCGGGGACAGUAUUUCUCGUUUGCGAGGGUUUAUUCUUUACAUGGUGGAUGUGUGGCAUUUACACUGGUCAAGUUCGGCAAACCUUGCAGAAGAAAUAUCACUUGAAGGACUCGCCUUGCAAUGCAUGUUGCGUGCACUGCUGCUUGCACUGGUGCGCCUUGUGUCAGGAGCACAGGGAGAUGAAAGGCCGGCUCUCAGAUGAUCUUUUCUCGGAGAUGACCAUCGUUAACCCUCCUCCAGCUCAAGAGAUGACCACUUCAACUCAUACCGAUGAUGAUCACAAGGAAAAUCCCGAAGCAUCUUCGGCUAACAAUGGCGAGCACGAGCAUACUCAUUUAGAAAUGCAGGCUAUAUAGGAUAUAGUAUUGUUGAUAGCAUGGCUUUGGAACAUUUGCCUUGAGUUUUUCACCACAUUUUGUGAGAAUUCUCUGAAGUAGGUUUGUCCCUUGGGUUGGAAGAAAACAUGUGAGGGAGCUUAAAGUGGAUAUGGCUUCAUUUUUUCACUAUACAUACAAGUUCCCUUUGGAGGAGCUUUCUCUUUAUCAUAUAUACACAACUCAUUCAUGGUUUAAAAAGCCAGAUUAUAUCAAAAUCCUUGUUUUUGCAA